ACAGCUCUUUUCUCAUUCGGUUGGUACCAUUCCCAAUAUUCCACUAAUCCACUUCUCUCUCUUGUCCUUCUCAUUCAUUAACUUCACUUAUUUCAAGAUUUCAACUUCGAAAUUUAGUUUGGACUUCAUUGGAAAUGGGGUCUGUAGAUACUUGUCCCUCACUCUUCCCUCUAUAAAUUCAAGUGGCUUUGCUUCUGAGCAGGAACCUGCUUCUGGGGUUUUCAUAUCGUCCUCCUUUGACUGAUUCAAAGAGUUAAUGGGCGAUGUGGUUUUUGAGAAUGAUAUAUCUGAAAUGCCCGUCACAGUAAGUACUUUCAACUUCACAAUUCUGCAUUAUUGCAGACCAUCUCUACUUUUUCUGUGAGUGAGUGUAUAUUUUGUAAUCUCUCCUCUAUUGUAAGUUUGUAACUCUUAUUUUUUCGCCUUCCGACUUAAUCUUCAAUCCUUUCCGCCAUCUGAUCUACAUCAACAUGUUAAAAUUCGGAAGCAGCUUCCGGUCCAUAUCUUUAAAGUUUAUAAUGAUACCGUGAGGAACACGAGUUUUCGUUUCGAUAGCUUGGGAUUCUAUUCGUCGAUGGAUGACAUUUUCACCCGUCUAUUGACAUUGGCUAGUUACAUUAGUCAUCGAUUUGUUCAAUUUAUCGAGGAUCUCGCACGUAGAGAUGCUGAUAGAUGUUCAGAUGAUUUGCUGGUCAAUUCUGCUGGACAGCAUUUAAGAUCAUUGAGACACGGUGUUUGUAAUUUUUUUGCUGAAGGUUGUUCAUCGUCUUCAAACUCUUGUAUUUCCGGUCGAAACCCUGGAAUCUGUGAAAGAGCCUCAGAGCCCGGGGAAGACGCUAGAACUGAAAUUGUAGCCGCCAAUUCCAGUUAUGCAGUAGUCCCAUUCAUCUUUAAAGGGUUACUACUGCCAUUACAUGGUUUACAAUUCGCAUGGAGGUUGGCAAUGUCUUGUUGCAGAAGCUCUGUGGCAUACGUUAGAUGUACUCAUCUUCGAAUUUGUAGCAUUGCAUCUCGAAUACAGAAAUCAUUGCGAGGCUCAUCAGAUGAUAUUGGAUGGUUGCAGCACACUGACGGCAUGCCUGGUGUGGAGGAUGGUACAGCAAGAUUUUUGGAAUUGCUUGUAGGAAUUAGGAAUGGAGAGCACCGACUUCCCAGCUCAUAUGUCUAUCUACUAAUUCCCGGCCUCUUUAGCAAUCACGGCCCCUUAUACUUUGUUGGAACUAAGAAAUUCUUUUCGAAGAUGGGUCUAGUGUGCCAUGUUGCAAAAAUUCACAGCGAGGCAUCUGUUGCACACAAUGCAUGGGAACUCAAGCAAUAUAUAGAGGAGCUAUAUUGGGGAUCCGGUAAGCGUGUUAUGCUGCUAGGGCACAGCAAAGGUGGUGUGGAUGCUGCAGCUGCAUUGUCAAUCUAUUGGUGUGAUUUAAAAUACAAAGUGGCUGGUUUAGCACUGGUACAGAGCCCAUACGGCGGCACUCCAUUGGCUUCUGAUUGUCUUCGUGAAGGCCAGGUUGCUGACAAAGAAACCCGCCGGAUCAUGGAGCUCUUGAUAUGCAAGCUAAUUAAGGGUGACAUUCGGGCACUAGAGGAUCUUACAUACGAGAAGCGAAAGGAGUUUAUCAUGAAGCACAAACUUCCUGCAGAGCAAAUUCCUCUUAUUUCCUUCCACUCUGAGGCCAGCAUUGCUCCCGGUGUCCUUGCAACAAUGACACACAUAGCGCAUGCAGAGCUUCCCUGGCUCCCCCUACCAAACUUUGGCAAUAAAGAGUCAGAUGAAAUCAUUCAAGCAGGGCGUCAGCUGCCAGUAGUGAUUCCUUUAUCUGCUGCCAUGGCUUUGACUGCACUUCAUCUCCAACUCCGGUAUGGGGAGAAGAGUGACGGGUUAGUGACCUGCCGUGACGCUGAAGUUCCAGGUUCGGUUGUGGUCAGACCGGACAGGAAGCUUGAUCAUGCCUGGAUGGUUUAUUCUACAAAGAAAAAGAACCCAGGUGAGGCUGAUGCCUCAGAAAUGUGUGAGGCUAUUCUGACUCUGCUUGUAGAGCUUGGAAAGUUAAAGGAAGAGGCAAAAGCUAUGAACUGAUCUAAUCCUUCAUACAAUUUCUUUACUUUAGCAUUUUAUUUAUGUUGUUUUUGCUUUGAUUUGCUAUACAUUGUGUUAUUUAAAUAUAUAUUCACAGCAAUCAAUGGUAAAUGAGAAAAACUACUGCCUA